UCGGCUCUUUCCGCCGGGCGCUUCGGGUGUUUCCGGCAACGGGUUCGGGUAUUUCCGCCGGCGGCUUCGGGUGGACUCGGCGCUUGGCCCACCUCGUUCCUUCCCUCCCCGCCGCCUGCCCCGGUAACGGUCGCUGCGAGUUUAAAUGAGCAGGGGCCGGGCCGCGCCGCGCCGCCGCCGGGACACGCACUGAGGCGGGGCCGGGGCCGCCCCGCUCCGGGCUCGGCGAGGAGGAGGAGCAGGAGGCGGAGGAGGCCGAGGGGAGCAGGAUGACGGUGCUGCAGGAACCCGUCCAGGCUGCUAUAUGGCAAGCACUUAACCACUAUGCCUACCGCGAUGCAGUGUUCCUCGCAGAAAGGUUGUAUGCAGAAGUACAUUCAGAAGAAGCACUGUUUUUACUGGCAACGUGUUACUACCGCUCAGGAAAGGCAUAUAAAGCAUACAGGCUCCUAAAGGGACACAGCUGUACAACUCCACAGUGUAAAUACCUGCUUGCAAAAUGUUGUGUUGACCUCAGCAAGCUUGCAGAAGGAGAGCAGAUCUUAUCUGGUGGAGUGUUGAAUAAACAGAAAAGCCAUGAUGACAUUGUCACGGAGUUCGGUGACUCUGCGUGCUUUACGCUCUCCUUACUGGGACAUGUCUACUGCAAGACGGACCGGCUUGCCAAAGGAUCAGAAUGUUACCAAAAGAGCCUUAGUUUAAAUCCUUUCCUCUGGUCCCCUUUUGAAUCGCUGUGUGAAAUAGGUGAAAAACCAGACCCCGACCAAACAUUUAAAUUAACAUCUUUACAGAACUUCAGCAGCUGUCUGCCUAACACUUGCACGACAUUGGUGUCUAACCACAGCAUAUCCCAUAGACAGCCUGAGACUGUCCUGAUGGAAACGCCGCAAGACACGAUUGAGUUGAACAGGAUCAACCUCGAAUCCUCCAAUGCAAAAUAUUCCUCCUUGAACACAGAUUCCUCUAUGUCUUACAUCGACUCGGCUGUGAUUUCACCAGAUGCUGUCCCUCUCGGGUCAGGAACUGCCAUCUUGUCUAAACAGGCUCAAAAUAAACCAAAAACCGGGCGAAGUUUACUGGGAGGACCUGCUGCUUUGAGCCCACUAACUCCAAGCUUUGGAAUUUUGCCACUAGAAACCCCAAGCCCUGGAGAUGGAUCCUAUUUACAAAACUACACAAACUCUUCUUCUGUAAUCGAUGUGCCAUCCACAGGAGCACCUUCAAAGAAGAAACUCCGUGUUAUGCAGGCGGUCACCAGGAUAAGCCAGGCUGGAACGAAGUCGGUUUUCUCCCAGAGUGGAAAUAGCCGGGAGGUCGCUCCCAUCCUCGUUGCACAAACACAGAGCUCUGGUCCACAGACAAGUACAACACCUCAGGUAUUGAGCCCAACAAUUGCUGCUCCACCAAACUCACUGCCUCGAAGAAGCUCUCGCCUUUUUACUAGUGAUAGCUCCACAACAAAGGAAAAUAGCAAAAAAUUGAAAAUGAAGUUUCCGCCUAAGAUCGCAAACAGGAAAACAAAAAGUAAAACAAAUAAGGGAGGGAUAACUCAGCCAAACAUAAAUGAUAGCUUGGAAAUUACCAAACUGGACUCUUCCAUCAUUUCAGAAGGGAAAAUAUCUACUGUUACACCACAGAUCCAGGCUUUUACGCUACAGAAGGCAGCAGCAGAAGGUUUGAUGAGCCUUCUUCGUGACAUGGGGAAGGGUUACUUAGCCUUGUGUUCAUACAACUGCAAAGAAGCGAUCAAUAUUUUAAGCCAUUUGCCAUCUCACCACUACAACACUGGCUGGGUGCUGUGCCAAAUUGGGAGAGCUUACUUCGAACUCGCGGAGUACAUGCAGGCUGAAAGGAUAUUUUCAGAAGUGAGGAGGAUUGAAAACUACCGAGUAGAAGGCAUGGAGAUCUAUUCGACUACGCUGUGGCAUCUUCAGAAAGAUGUUGCUCUUUCUGUUCUUUCAAAGGAUUUAACAGACAUGGAUAAAAACUCUCCAGAGGCAUGGUGUGCUGCAGGGAACUGCUUCAGCUUGCAACGAGAGCAUGACAUUGCAAUCAAGUUCUUCCAGAGAGCCAUUCAAGUUGAUCCAAACUAUGCUUAUGCCUACACCCUUCUGGGGCACGAAUUUGUGUUAACAGAAGAGCUAGACAAAGCACUAGCUUGUUUUAGGAACGCAAUCAGAGUCAACCCUAGGCACUAUAAUGCAUGGUAUGGGUUGGGAAUGAUUUAUUACAAACAGGAAAAAUUCAGUUUAGCAGAAAUGCAUUUCCAGAAAGCACUUGAUAUCAAUCCUCAGAGCUCAGUCUUACUGUGUCACAUUGGAGUAGUCCAGCACGCACUGAAAAAAUCUGAGAAGGCUUUGGAUACUCUAAACAAAGCUAUUAACAUUGACCCCAAGAACCCACUAUGCAAAUUCCAUAGAGCUUCUGUAUUGUUUGCAAAUGAAAAAUACAAGUCUGCUUUACAAGAACUUGAAGAACUGAAACAGAUUGUUCCCAAAGAGUCUCUUGUUUACUUCUUAAUAGGAAAGGUUUAUAAAAAACUGGGUCAAACUCAUUUGGCCCUCAUGAAUUUCUCAUGGGCAAUGGACUUAGAUCCCAAAGGAGCCAACAACCAAAUUAAAGAGGCUAUCGAUAAACGUUACCUUCCGGAUGAUGAGGAACCAAUAACUCAAGAAGAGCAAAUCAGUGAAUGUUACCCCUACGAAUCAGUUGGCACAGAUGAAUCCCAGGAGAGCAGCAUGACGGAUGCAGAUGACACACAGCUCCAUGCAGUCGAAAGCGAUGAAUUUUAACCUCCUAAAGCCAGUGUCUGGGCUUGAGUGUGUGACUGGUACUGUUGUGUUCUCCCCUUCCUUCGCGUCCUGGGUCUUCACAUCACUGAGCCAGCACUGUCGUGAUUCUCCACCGACACCAUGAGUCCACCACUCAGACUGGGCGCAGAAUUCAUGGCAGUGCAAUAUUUGGCUGCUGCUGAGUCUGGCUAGUUGGCUCUUACGCAUUCAUGAAAGUGACUGAGGAGGAAAUGCUCUUUUUGGACUCCCCUUUGCUGGAAAAAUAUCAUGGAAGAGAGACUUGCGGUUUGCUGUAACAAAGCCAGUAGAUGUGGGGACAGUACUAAUGAAGCAGUGUCUUGUUCUUUUUCCAGAAAUGUGUCUUAGUUUGGUUCUUUCUUGGUAAGCAGAGUGCUGAACUUCAUUUCCGAGUUCUUCGAGGACAGUGUUGACAAACGCAGGCUGUUAAAAGACUUUUGCAUAUUGUAGUGUAACUUAAAUGCCAGGGAAUGUAAAUGACCUUCAAGCUGCAGCAUCUCCAGUGAACAAACAGAGCGUGCGUGCUCCGGAGCGGGGCGCUCAGACCACGUGAGACGUCCUGUGUCCCCAUGAGAGCGCAAACCUGCAGGGGUGGGAACGUAGCGAGAGAAUCACGGUGCAGAAUCACAGCUUUCACAGAAUGCUUUCAUGUUCUAACCAAGAAUUAAUUUAUUCACCUAGUUUCUAAAAUGUCUUUCCUUUGUACUUUAAAGAAACAAGUCAGCGACGCAUUGCUUCAUUAUUAUUAUUUUUUUUCAUAUCCCCCCUCCCCCCCUUGACUUGUUCUUUCCGGUGUGAGAAUAAAUGUUAAAAUAAAGGGCAAAACCAAGAGAGAAAUGUAGACCCGACUUAAUGUGGACCCAUCCAGCCCUUUCCCUGCAGUGACUGCGUGUUGCUGAACAAACCCAUGGGGAAGACCGCGGAAGCCUUAAUGCAAUCAGAACCUUGCAGUCCAACGCAUCAGAGAUCUGCCUGAGAUCGUGUCCUUCUUAAAACUGUUCUGUAACGUGUGGUCCAAGCAGAGUGCAGGGACGUGCAAUUCUCUCUUUGCUGUUUUUUUUUUUUCUUUAAGCUGUUCUUUGGGGUGGUUGGAGAACUUUUCUCACUGUAGGAACGUAGGCCCCUUUCCUCCUCCCGGAGGCUGUUUCUGUGAGAAGAAAGCUGUGCCACACUGAGUCCAAACUGAUCUUUCUCUGUGGUGUUUUGCAGCAACAAUCGGUGCCCUUUAUGCAGUGAUGAGAAAGAAAGUGUAUGAUAAAAGCAGUUUUAAAGAGCAAUUUAUGCAUAAUAAAUUGGGAAUGAUAUAAAUUUCAUAGCAACACA